AGCUGAAUCGUCAUUAGCCGGCGUCUGGUCACUUCCUGGCAGUCUCCUGCUGCCAAUGCCAGCUGCUGCCUGCAGAGCUGCAUCUGGAGUACUACGCCUCCCAGCAUCGCCAGUGGGUGCAGCAAUGCUGGGGUCACGGCUCAGGUUGAAUUCCAUUAACAGACUGCAAGUGGUUCUGCAGCAUUUGAACAUGUCCGGCCACACAGCUGCAGACGCAGAAGUCCUGCUGACCAAGUCCGGCUGCGCUGGAGUCAUCACCCUGAACCGGCCAAAGGCUCUGAACGCCUUAAACGUGAACAUGGCUCAGCUGAUCUAUCGGCAGCUUAAGCUAUGGGAGGAAGACCCGGACACGUCUGUGGUGUUAAUUAAAAGUUCUGGCGGCAAAGCCUUCUGUGCCGGGGGAGACAUCAUUGCCAUCACGGAAGCUGGGAAAGCUGGAGAACCGCUUGCCCAAGAUUUCUUCAAACAAGAGUACAUCCUUAACAACGCCAUUGGAACGUACAAGAAACCAUAUGUGGCCCUUAUUGAUGGCAUUACAAUGGGAGGCGGUGUUGGUCUGUCAGUCCAUGGCCAUUUUAGAGUGGCCUCUGAGAAGACCCUGUUUGCCAUGCCAGAAACUGCAAUAGGCCUGUUCCCCGAUGUUGGAGGAGGCUACUUCCUGCCACGCCUUCAUGGGAAGAUUGGUUUAUAUAUCGCUCUUACUGGGCUAAGAUUAAAGGGAAGAGACGUACACAAGGCCGGAAUCGCCACUCACUUUGUUGAGUCUAAAAAGAUUCCAGCCCUGGAAAAAGACAUCGCAACACUGAGGAGCCCGUCUAAGGAAGACGUCGCUGAUGUACUCCACACUUACCACACAGAGAGCGUUGCAGGUGAGGAUAAACCGUUUGUUCUUGCAGAACACUUGGACAAGAUAAACAGAUUGUUUUCAGCAAACAGCGUAGAAGAAAUAUUUGAAAACUUGAAACGAGAUGGGUCCCCGUUUGCUCUGCAGCAGCUCCAGACACUUUCAAAAAUGUCUCCGACGUCUUUGAAGAUGACCUUCCGCCAGCUGGAAAGCGGCUCGUCACUAUCGCUGCAGGAGGUGCUGACGAUGGAAUACAGGCUAAGCCAGGCCUGCAUGAAAGGACAUGACUUUUAUGAAGGUGUCAGAGCAGUGCUGAUUGAGAAAGACCAGAACCCAAAGUGGAAGCCGGAGCGGUUAGAAGACGUGACCAAGGAGUACCUGGACGCCUGUUUUGCAUCCCUUGGAAGCAAUGACUUAAAGCUGUAAUUAAAUCAUGCAAUAAAUUCCUAAAAUAAAAA